CUUCUUCCUCUCUGAUGUUAGCAGGCGACACCUAGCACUCCUAGGUGGAUGCUACCGUACCGCCACAUGUUUUUGUAUUUUAUUAUUUAGAUAUUAUACAUAUAUUUCACCGGUACCAACUCGUAGUAAGUUACGACGAGCUAAAAGCAAAAUGUCAGCAAGUGCGGUGUAUGUGUUAGACCUCAAAGGCAAGGUAAGAGGACAUGAUAUUUGCUUAGCUAGCUUAAUCUAAAAUGGUUCACAUAUGUUUACUAAUGCAUCGCAUAAUUUGAUGGUCAAAGUACAAUAUAUAGCUAGCAACUUUACGUUCUAAGAAAAAUAUACAACAGUGAAUUUGAGAUGGCUAGUUUUUUAUGUUGACACGGGAAAUUAAUCAUAUGCAUUGUAGCUAGUUUCUUAGCUAGCAGCUAACCCACCAGCUAGACUGGAUUGGGAUGGACUGGUUCAAUGGAUCACGUGAUGUAUUGUGGCCAAAUUCUGCAUGAUAAUGGUUGUGGUGGCCAUAUGAACAGUAUACUCUAUCACAAGCUUGACAAGGAUGUCAUCAUGAUCUCCAACAUUUGCCUCCAUCCAAAGGCCUGUUUUGAGAAUGAAAACACACUCCAUGUGAAGGCUCAAAUGCAUAGUCCAGUUAGACCCAUGUAGAUUUUUGUGUUCCAUAUCAAAGACACUUGAAGAUAUGAAAACAUGAUGCCAGUUCAGGAUGUCAUCAGGAGGCACAUACCAUGUAGGAUGGAGAGAUAGCUAGAGAAGUAAGUUCCUGUUGAUUUUGUUUCACCUCUCCAGGUUCUGGUUUGUCGUAACUACAGAGGAGAUGUGGACAUGUCAGAGAUUGAGCACUUUAUGCCCAUCCUCAUGGACAGAGAGGAGGAGGGCAACUUAUCCCCUAUCCUGGCCCACGGAGGGGUCCGCUUCAUGUGGAUCAAACACAACAACCUGUACCGUAUCCUUACUGCCACUCACUCAACCUCUCACAAAGGGGAUUAGAAUGACUACUGCCUCAGUAUUCCUUUGCCUUUCCAAUAUAGAGUCCCCAAUACAAAUGGGAAACCGUUCCAUAUCUUGCUCUGGGAAAAAGGGAGAGUGAUGGUUGGUUUGAUUGCUUAGGUCAAAGUACUACUACUCUCGCUGAGAGCUGAAGCAAUGGAUAGGUUCACUUCUUGCAAAUUCCACUUUAUUGAGGUAGAUACAAGUCGACUCAUGUUGACAGCCCCACAUCAACUUUUCACCUUAACAAAUGUUCCAUCAGUUGUAGCAACGUCUAAGAAAAAUGCCUGUGUCUCCUUGGUCUUCUCUUUCCUCUACAAAAUUAUCCAGGUGAGUUGCGAUAAGUCUGUCUAUAAUGGUGUGCAGUGGUCUUAUUUUCCAAUAACCCAUAGGUAAUUACUGGUGGUUAACUGGUAAGAAAUGUGUUGUAUCUAGACUCAGUCUAUUGUCUCUGCAGGUUUUCUCAGAGUAUUUUAAAGAGUUGGAAGAGGAGAGUAUCAGAGAUAACUUUGUCAUCAUCUAUGAGUUGAUGGAUGAGCUGAUGGACUUUGGCUACCCCCAGACUACUGACAGCAAGAUCCUUCAAGAGUGAGUAUCCUUUCUAGCCCUUAAUCUGUCUACAACACUCUUGUCUCUGUACAAACCUAUGUUUAGCUUCCAUUAAACAGUUUAAAAUUCCUCCAAGUUAAACAUGAUAAAAUAAUGUAGUAGUGACCUACAGUACUGUAUGUACAGUUUCUUACAUUUCACCUAAACACCCAGUAUGACAGACAGUUCCUCUUAGUUUUGUCCUGUCCUCUCACCCGGUCUGUCUUUGUUGGUUUGUAGGUACAUCACCCAAGAGGGGCACAAGCUGGACACAGGGGGCCCGCGCCCCCCUGCCACCGUCACCAACGCUGUGUCCUGGAGGUCAGAGGGCAUCAAGUACAGGAAGAAUGAAGUCUUCCUGGAUGUCAUUGAGUCUGUUAAUCUUCUGGUGCGGCACCUUGUCACGUCGUGUUCUAAGUCUAACACUCGCCUCCCUCUAAUACAGUCUUCUCUAUGACAAAAUUAUUCAGUGUUUCAUUGAAGUACUAUCAACCAUUUUCAACUUAGACGCAUUUCUGCAAUUGUUGUAAACGGUCUGACACUUCUCCCCCUUUCUUUCCUCUGUGCAGGUCAGUGCAAACGGUAACGUACUGCGCAGUGAGAUCGUGGGCUCCAUCAAGAUGCGUGUGUUCUUGUCAGGGAUGCCUGAGCUGCGUCUGGGCCUCAACGACAAAGUUCUGUUUGAGAACACUGGCCGUGAGUUCCUCUGCACUCUGCACACAGUUUGCCACUGUGGAUGGGUUACAGUUCAGUUAAAAGACAUGCAUGUCAGAUUUCAAAGCUGUUUGUCUGUAUUCUCAGACCUAAUUUUAGACACUAACGCGUGACUUAGCCUUUUGCUUAGAAUUUCCCAUAGACAUCAUUGCAUAAUUUUGUUGUAUGCAGUGCACACAUAUUUCAAGUUAUGAUUCAGCUCUUACCUCUAAUCAAUUUAAAUUCCAAACAGAGCUUUCGUUUUUCUCAGAUGACUGUACUUGUACCACGUACAAUCCUCUCAUGCCCUGACUCUCUCUGUGGCUAUGCUCACCACAGGAGGGAAGAGUAAAUCAGUGGAGCUGGAGGACACGAAGUUCCACCAGUGUGUGCGUCUGUCCCGCUUUGAGAAUGACCGCACCAUCUCCUUCAUUCCCCCCGAUGGAGAGUUUGAGCUCAUGUCCUACCGCCUCAAUACACACGUAUGUACUGUAUGAGAGAGAGGCCAGUUUAAUUUGAUUAGAUGGGCUUGUUGUUAUGGGUCUGUUUUACAGACAAAGAUGACUUCUUAGACAAAAAACCAUGCUUCAUGGAGAUUCUCCAUCGAAAGGGCUUCUUAGUCCAAGACUAGGUUUUAUCUCUGUCUGUGUUACCGCCCCUUUAAGGGAUGGGCAUGCAAUUAGAAGUGUACAAAUUAAAGCUGAAAUCCGUACUUGGUGAAACUGCCAUGUCCGUUUGCAAUAUUAAAACAAUAAAGAAGUUACUUCAAACAACGAACACUGUUUUUUACCUCGGGCAUUGCACAUCAUUGCACGAGCGAUAGAACAGCAGAGUAUGUACUGCUCAAAUUUUCGCCUAAAAUGACAUACCCAGAUCUAACUGCCUGUAGCUUAGGACCUGAAUCAAGAAUAUGCAUAUUCUUGAUACCAUUUGAAAGAAACACUUUAAAGUUUGUGGAAAUGUGAAAUUAAUGUAGGAGAAUAUAACACAUUAGAUCUGGUAAAAGAUAAUACAACCAAAAAAACAUGCGUUUUCUAUUAGUUUUGUUGUUCCAUCUUUGAAAUGCAAAAGAAAGGCCACAAUAUAAUAUUGCGGUUUGGUGCGAUUUAGAUUUUGGCCACUAGAUGGCAGCAGUGUGCGCGCAAAGUUUUUCAAAUUGAUCCAGUGAAGCGUUGCAAUACUGGACUAUUUUGUAUCAAGUCUGCCCAAAUGUGCCAAAUUGGUCAAUUGAUACAUUUUCAAGUACAUAACUAUAGAGAACAUACAAAAAUUAUAUGGUAAUACAAAAUGUAUGUUUACACACUCCCAGGAAUGUCAUACAUGAUGGAUCAUUAGCUUAUACACUAACUUUCACACAUCUAGAUGGCCGGGUAGGGUGGGUGUGGAGCCAGAGACGGCAAAGGUUCAAACUGUAGAACCCAGUUCCUACAUUUGAAUAUAAAAAUGGAUUUUAUCAAACAAAACUAUGCUACAUUUUAUCUCUGGGACCCUCAGGAUGACCAAUCAGAUCAAGAUUACUGAAUGUAAGUACAUUAUUUACCUUCAGAGGUGAAUGUAUCAAACCAGUUGCCGUGCUAAGUUUUUUGUUGUUGUGCACUCUUCUCAAACAAUAGCAUGGUAUUUUUUCACUGUAAUAGCUACUGUAAAUUGGACAGUGCAGUUAGAUCAACAAGAAUUUAAGCUUUCUGCCCAUAUAAGACAUGUCUAUGUCCUGGAAAGUUUGCUAUUACUUACAAGUCAUGCUAAUCACAUUAGCGCACGUUAGCUCAACCGUCCCGUAUAUGGGACACCGAUCCCGUAGAGGUUAAGGAAUUACUCAUGUAUUUAUGCGUAUGAGAUUGUGACAUUAUGACAUGCCAUUUUGCAUGUACAAGAAAGAUGUGUCAAUGCAGAAAUUACCCUUUCGUUGUAUUGAUUAGUUUUUUUUUUUUUAAGCCUAUGAAAUGUAUUGUCCCCAGGUGAAGCCCCUGAUCUGGAUAGAGUCUGUGAUAGAGAAACACUCCCACAGCAGGAUCGAGUACAUGAUCAAGGUAAACACCAGCCCUGCAACGUUACCCAGCAGCUAAGAUAACAGUAUGCUCUGGUAUCAAAUCAAUAGUUAACCACAAAGCUAUCAUAAACGCAAAUGGCAUGAUAUUCAGAAAUGCUGUAUAUUAAUCUCUCUUUUUCUGUCUAAGGCUAAGAGUCAGUUCAAGAGGCGGUCCACGGCCAACAACGUGGAGAUCCACAUUCCAGUUCCCACAGAUGCGGACUCGCCCAAGUUCAAGACCACGGUGGGCAGUGUCAAGUGGAUCCCAGAGAACAGUGAGGUCGUCUGGUCCAUCAAGUCAUUCCCGGUGAGUACAACAACACACUGGACCGCAUGCUAGUGUAGACCAUAGUUCUCAAAGUAGGGUUCUUUGAGAGUCUGAACAUAACCACAAAAAUCUAAAGUGUCACUUAACUAACCUGGAUACAAUCCUAACUCUUGCUCUGUUUUGUUUUGUCUUGUCUCAGGGGGGUAAGGAGUAUCUGAUGAGAGCCCACUUCGGUCUGCCAAGUGUGGAAGCAGAGGACAAGGAGGGGAAGCCCCCCAUCAGUGUCAAGUUUGAGAUCCCCUACUUCACUACGUCUGGCAUCCAGGUGAGCAUCCUUACUGCAGUACCUCUUCUAUCCACCAGGGGUCUCUUGUUGCUGUUAGUGGGAGACUGGGAAUCAUUCUAACACAGGAUGGCGCUGUUGUAACACAGAUGAGGUCUGACUGCUCGCGCUGAGAACCUGAGGUGUGCUUGAGAUCGUGCUUGGUUUGUGCUUCAAAGACUGGUGUCGUGUGUGUGUGUGUGGUUCUGUUGUAGGUAGAACUGCUGUCAUUUUAAAUACAGACCGUACAACAGACAAACUGUCAGUCAACCAACACAAAGAACAACAUCCCUUCAUCACUGUAGCGUUGGCCUGGCGGGUCUCUGUCAGAGAACAUAUCUACACUAGAGAGCUAAGAUGUUGACAAGCAGCACUCAAAAGGAUGUACACACAUUCAAAUAGUUCUGCACAGAUACUGUAUAGCUAGCAUCAGGCAACUGCUAAAAAAGAAAAACUGAUCCACACGCUCACUGCUUUUAGGACUGACUUUGUUUUGCUCUGUUUUAUUGAGACAUUGUUUCUACCCAUAAUACUCAGACCUAAUGGCCAAAAGGUAGUAGAUGGGAUGGUUAAGAUGAGGACAAUUAGGAGCACAGUACCAGUGUGCAGGUCCUUUUUUAUGUUGGGUGGUGUUCUGGAUCAGUGUCAAGCUCUCCCUGACAGCCCUCUGCUUCCAGAUCUGAUACCAGGGAAAUUACAUCAGAGCCCAGAGAAUCAAAGGAAAGCCUUUUCGUUGGCUCAGUGGUGGGUUCGCUCGCCUCGUGUCUUUGUUUCCCAAUUUCCUGGUGAAAAACGAGCAUGGCAAAUUUAUUAUCGGGACGCACACCCUCACAACAGCACUAAAACAAACCGUUUGCGUCUCCAUACAGGAAUACAAAGCUAUGAAGUCGACACAUUACAUCAUUGUAGGGAUUAACAUGGGUAACUGGGAUCCCGGGACUGUCCCGGGAACACUCUUCACAUUUCCCCCCCCCCAAAAAAAAUGACAAGACCCGGGAAAUUACAUUUUACCCCAAAGUGGCUAAUGCAAUUCCACAAAAGCAGAUUAGCAAAAAAUAAAAUAGCACAUUAUCCAAACAGGUUGUUGCAUGGAGUCUAGCAUAUUUACUUCACACAAAGUCACCAUAAAUUCAAAGCACACACAUAAUUGACACUGCCGGACUGCACACGCGACCUGAAUGCCGUUAAUAAACCCUACAGGAAACCCCUACUGUAUAGCCUAUUUUAAAAAAUUUGCCUCUGAGUUAUCAUUGUGAUUCUUCAGACAGUCACAAAUUUGAUAGGCCCCUAUGCACAAUACAUUACAUCUGUCACAGUCUGUUAACAAUUCAGUGGCAUGAGGGAAAAUUCUAUCUUCUCCUGUCAUAGCGCCUAGGCUAUUUUCCAAUCCAGUCCCAAUCCCACUGAAACCCAAAAUCCUGACUCCUGUCUCGCAUGGAAAUUCCUAACUUUAUUCUGUAAUCCAUAGGUUGCAUUAUCAAAGCACGUCUUUUUCCUAUGCAUGUCAAAAUACAGCUAUAGCUUCUCUCGUACUUGCUGCCCAUAUGAGAGCUUCGGUAGAGAAUGUCAAAUCAAAUCAAAUUUUAUUGGCCACAUGCGCCGAAUACAACAGGUGCGAUCAACAAACGGUAUGAGAGUAUAUAUGGAUAUUAUUUAAAAAGAGGUUUUCCCUGUUAAGAUACCUUUUUAAAAACAUUUCCACUCUUCAUCUCCCUGUGAUUCAUAAGCUGAUCUGCUAUCUAUAUAAUCAUCAACUCGAUUUCGCCAAAUAUUGGAGAUAUUCUGUCAUUCGUUGAAGGAUGUUAUCUAGCAAGCUUAGCAACUUUGUUCUUUUUACUUUUGUUUGACUGCCGUUACAAAGUUUGUAUGAUUCGACAACUCUAUACUCUGUGCGUCUUGAGCGCGCUCUGUGUUGAGAUUACCACUGCUGAAAUGCACUGAAUUAAUUGAGGAACAUGAGAACGCUCUGAAUUUAUGAAUGGCCUGUUUCGCAGUUCACAACAAUGUAAUUGUUGAUCAAAGAUUGUUACUCUAUCAUUACUAAAUAUCAGUUUCAUUUUCUCUGAUAUCUUCACAUAGUGGCGCAGCCAAGCCGACAAGGUGGCGCAGCACCCUUCAUAUUUGGGGAGAACCCAGGCAUUUUUACAAUAUCUUGGUUUUAAACGCUUUAAAUUGGCAAUUUGUGGACUCCAGAAAGAGUAGCUAUUGCUUCUGCAAAACGAAUGGGGAUCCAAAUAAACAAAAACGCCUGAUUUUUGUGGUAUUUCCCAGGACUCUUGGGAUGAAUAUGAAUUAUCUUUGGGAAAAUAUGAAUCCUUACAUCAUUGUGCUGCAGCACUGUGUUUUUUAGCUGGACCUGCACAACAUUUGCAGCCUUAGUAACAACUACCCUAGAUUUUAAAGUUUGCCGAGGGACAUCUCAGCUAAGCUGCCAUGCAUUGGGGCUAAACACAAAUUAGGCACUUUGGGGGUGCAGGGAGUUGGAUAUUACAGUUGAGUUAAGAGUCAGUAAAGCAGGAGAAACUCAAGCCUGUUAUCUACACCUCCAUUGUGUCGUAUUCUAAAUAAAUGUGACAUGCUAGCUCACAGUGGUGAUAUCAGUUCACAUGGCUGGAAAGCAGCAUUGGUGUCUGGUGGUUACCUCACCUUCCAUAGCAGGUUUAUGUGUGCGUUGGGAUGAUUUCCUUUCUUUUGUGAGAGCGUAUGACAAAACCUUUUUCAAUAGGCUUUGUUCCAUGUAUUCACAGGGCCUCUGUCUUGCCUGUAAAGCCACAGGAUAUAUUACCUGAUCUCUAUCUGGAUUUACCGUCUAUGCAAAUUCUCUAAAUUCACUGUCAAACUGUUUUAAUAAAUUAGACAUGAUCUACCCAAUAUAGUUAUCAUUUUGAACAUAUUUCUAUACACACAUGUUAAAGAGCCAAACAUGCUCUGCUAAAUAAGAGUUUUUCUCAGUUUUUUGUGUCAUUCCCAAAUCAAUAUUCUGCAGUGGCAUCCCACACAGAAUUGAAAGACAGAGGAUUAAAUUACACUUUGCUUGAAUUUCUCUGGAAAUGAGGAGGUUUUGGCACUAAUGGAAAAUGAGAGCUUUCAUAAUCAAAUGGAUCGACUGAGAGACAUUGACAGUGUCUUCCUGUUGUAGUGUUCUACCAGACAAUGUUCACCGAACGGUUUCAUCAUCACUACAAGAUGCACUCGUAACGUAGCCACACUUAUUUAACCCUAGUGGUGGCACCUUGAGGAAAGGGUUGCUUGUAAACCGCAGCCCCUCAAAAUAACUCACUCAACCAGAGAUCAAUGGAGCCUUCAUCAGAGAUGCUACUGGAAGCUACUAUUUAGGGGUUUUGAUGAGGAGCUAUUUUGUGGCCCUCGCUGACCCCAAGGCCGCUUCGCUGGUGUUCCAGGGCCUCUUGAACUGUGCAGAGCCCCUGUGGUCGCUCCAACGGAGCCCACCGCACGCCACCAAGGUUCUCUGCUAGCAUUGAGGGAACAUUUAUGCAGCCUGGGCUUAUUACAGGGAGCGCGCCAUUUACUGCUCAGUGUGUGUGUGUCUGUGGGUGCGUGCCUCUGCAUAUGCCUGGCUGCAUGUGUGAGCAUGUGUGCACACUCACUCUCCACGCUCCCUUGUCUCUCACACACGACACACAGCACAAAAAAAAAGAGGAACCACAUCAUCAACUCCUUGAUUAGACAGCGUGGUAUAUCAAAGUGGUGUUUUACCCCACCGCCAGCCAGGCCUACAGGCAGAUGUGCAUUAAGCCCCCCAGCCAUAUCCUAUCUGAGGUAGAAAAGGGAAGUUUACCACCAGAGCGGUUUGGGCUGCUCUAGAGGCAGAGGCUGCCGGGUUUCUUUAUAGCCUGCUGAUGGUAGGGGGGGAAGCCACAUCAGGGCUCAUCUGUCCCCCUCCAGGGGAUAAUUACAGCCAGGUUCCCCCUCCCCUCAGACACAGUGGCGUGGCCCACCAGCCCCUCAGAGAGAUGUACUCCAUAUAGGCCUAGUCAACCACCAGAACAGAACGCAUGGCCAACUGCAAGUAUUCAUUAUUUACAGUAAAUAUAUCAUAGUCCAUAUCAUGUACUGAAUAAAAAACUGGCAUUGUGUAUGAAAAUAAGAACUAUAUUUGGCACAGAUAUCAUCACGGAUAUCCUGGAAAGUAGAUAUUCUGGUGUUGUACCAAUUUGACAUGCCCAAGAAAAGCGAUUGAUGGAUGUGCCUUUGCUGUAAGUUUUGUAAGCAGAUGAUAAUUUGAUCUUCAUUUAAUGUAAAUAAACUGUUCUUACUGUUAUAAACAGAAAUGAUUAGACAUCUAUCAGUAGUUAGUAGAACUGUCAUGUAGGUUUAGUUGUUUCAAAAGAGAUCUUAAAAACAAGUUGUUUGUUGGACCAUGGGUGACAGAUUCAUUGACUAUUUUUGCUUGAGCAUUCAUUGAAGCUCUUACCUCAUGCUGAUCAAAUCAAAUAGCUGUUGAAAAGGUCAAUUGUCUACCAGAUAGCCUAGAGAAACCGCUUGUUCUAAAUAACUACUGUCUCUGUAUUCACAUUCUCUAACAUCUCAGAGAAAUCCUUAAACACUGAGGACACAUUCAUCCCCAAGAUAAAUAUGCUAUAUUUCAAGAGGGUGUCCUUGAAAUAUGACAUUUUUAGCUUGGUCCGAAUGUGUCCGAAACUUUGGAACGAAUGUGUGAAAAUGUUUGCCAAAUCGUGCCCGCUUUGGUCUUACAGUAGUUUAGAACAACAAGCAUCUAAAUUUGUAAGGCACCAGACUACUUAGACAUAGAGUAGUAGGCUACACCUCGAUUUAGCUGCAUUCAUUACAGCAUCACAUCAGCCAACCUUGUUACUGUCUGCGACUAACUGGUAGUGUAGGAAUAAGAAGCUACCAAUUUCACCACCGGCCGUGUAGAGUUGUAGACGGGUCAACUAAUGUUGGAGACUUCAGGACGAGAAAAGAGGUCUGUCCUUGUUUCACCCUGUGGGUACUAUUCCUGCAUCUCUUUUGAUCAAGGCUAUUUCUCACUAUGACUUGGUAUUGUUGGCUAAACAUAGAAACUAUGAAAUAUUAGGACAGUUCAACGUUGAAUUGGCUCAGUUAGCAUAUCACUUUUAGGCAAGAUAGGAGACUAAAGGUUAGCAUGAUUCAAGAUAGGAGACUAAAGGUUAGCAUGAUUCAAGAUAGGAGACUAAAGGUUAGCAUGAUUCAAGAUAGGAGACUAAAGGUUAGCAUGAUUCAAGAUAGGAGACUAAAGGUUAGCAUGAUUCAAGAUAGGAGACUAAAGGUUAGCAUGAUUCAAGAUAGGAGACUAAAGGUUAGCAUGAUUCAAGAUAGGAGACUAAAGGUUAGCAUGAUUCUGGCUGAUAAAAGUAUGGAUGUAUCAAUAUAGGCCAGAGGUAAUGGAAGUGUUGGACAAAAACGUCAUUCAUAAUCUUUAGUGAUAUGUAUGAGGUGAUCGCACAAUUGAGGGUAGUUGGGGAGUGUCAACAUGAUAACCACCAGGCCAUUCUGAUGGGCCUUGUUGGCUUGCUUUGACCUGCUAGCACCCCUGUUCUGCCAAUGACAGCCACUAGACCUAACUGAUGUUAGCUUUGAACUGCCAGCACUGAGAUCCUCCUGUUCUCACAACGUCUAGACUGCAGACACACACACACAGCUCUGAGACCGUUCAGACAGUCCUAUAUGCAUAUAGACAUAUUCAUUCUGCAUUGUGUAUUGGCCGUGUGAUCUGCCUCAAACACCCUUUAGAGCUUAAAUCACACUUGAAAUAGGCAUGGUGCGUAAAUGGGAGGCGAUUUCUACAGCUCACAGUCCAAAAACAGCCCUAGUCUGACAUGGAUAAUGUCAGGUCAGCAGACCGAUCUACCUCUGUGGAGUAAAUGUGUUUGUAUCCAACUAGGUUGCCUUUGCACCAGAGUGCAGGAUCAUAGCCUUUUUGGAGAGGAAUGGAGCAGCUCCCUGUUAUGAGACAAACCACCUUGUGUGUCUUGGAGGCAGGUUAUGUCCUGAUACUGGCAGUGUUCACACCUUUCUGAGAGGAACAUGAAGGAUGUGUUUUGGGUGCCCGACUGCAUGCCUGUUGCAUCUUCAUCAGGACCCCCAGACAGACGGACCACACCCAGAGGUGUUCGUUGAGGAGCCUGUAAGGGCCUGUGUCCUGUUGUAGUGUGGGUUUCUUCAUUACGGCCCAGUUAUGAUUUAUGGUACCCUUGGUGUAAAGUGUUUCACUCCCUAAUGCAAAAACGAUCAUCUUUCCCAUAUGGUGUUGAUAAAAGGCUCAGUAUUUAUGUGAAGAGAGCUGGGCUGCGGUGCGGUGUGCUGUGGCCAUUUACACAUCGUCAAAUCUGUCUGUCAGUGUAAUUCUCGGGGCCAUUAUUGCAAGUCUUUUAUACUGGGGAAGAUUUAAGGCGUAAUCCCCCACUCUCAUGUUCUGUUAGAAUCUCUGAAUGCCUCAAGGUGCUCCCCGUUUCAACGAAAGCCCAGCCAUGAAACAAUAAGGAACUGUUUUACGAUGGGGGAAUAUGAAGCUCAAUCCACUGAUAAGCUCACCACAGAGAUAAGCAUGCUAAAUAUAUUGUUUGUUUUAUAGGCCUCAGUGUAAAAUAAUGAGAUUUUAAUGACAGUUGCAUUCUCAUGUGUUCUGCUUACACUCACAGUUAUGCAAUAUGUGUGCCCUUGGUGGGUCUUGUUCAAUAGGUUGUAGUUUCACAAGAAGGGCAAGUGAAGAAUUUAUGAAAUUUCACAUAGGAUUGGGAAGUGCCAGUUCCCUAAUUUGUAUUAAUAUCGAAAAGUUUCUUAACCACUUCUUCAUACCAGCUAAUUUCUCUCUUGAAUGUGAGAAUAGUUCCCAUCAUCUGCAGACGUUUACUUUGUUUACAGGGCAUAUAUGACCUUAUGGGUGUAACUUGGCAUUGUUAAAGGUAGUAUUUUAAGUGGAUGUAAAAAAGAAUCUUCCUUGUAAAAACAACACAGUAUCAUGUACAGUUAACCCUAUUUUGUUAUAUUCAAUGUACUUGACUGGUUUUCCAAACAGGCUCAGAUUGACAUUAAAUAAACUGAGUGUACAAAACAUAAGAAACACCUUCCUAAUAUUGAGUUAUAUUGAGCACCCCCUUUUACCCUCAGAACAGCCACAAUUUCUCGGAGUAUGGACUCUACAAGGUGUUGAAAGCGUUCCACAGGCAUGCUGGCCCUUCUUGAGUCCAAUGCUUCCCAUAGUUGUGUCAAGUUGGCUGGAUGUCCUUUGGGUGGUGGACCAUCCUUGAUACACAUGGGAAACUGUUGAGCGCCAAAAACCCAGCAGCGUUGCAGUUCUUGACACUCAAACCGGUGCACCUACUACCAUACCCCGUUCAAAGGCACUUAAAUAUUUUGUCUUGCCCAUUCACCCUCUGAAUGGCACACAUACACAAUCAAUGUCUCAAUUAUCUCAAGGCUUAAAAACUCUUCUUUAACCUGUCUCCUCCCUUUCAUCUACACUGAUUGAAGUGGAUUUAACAGGUGACAUCAAUAAGGGAUCAUAGCUUUCACCAGGAUUCACCUGGUCAGUUUAUGUAAUGGAAAGAGCAGGUGUUCCUAGUGUUUUGUACACUCAGUGUAUGUACUCUAAUUACUCCCUUUAAUCACUGUUUGCGCUCAGUGUGAUGAUGGACAUACACAGUGUGAUGUUUGUUUGCUCACUCUUGUUUUUAGGUGCGCUACCUGAAGAUCAUUGAGAAGAGUGGCUACCAGGCUCUGCCAUGGGUUCGAUAUAUCACACAGAACGGAGGUAAGGCUGAACUAGACAUUCACACCAAACCUCCCAAUGAAGACUGACCCUUAACCCACCAUACUGUAAUCAUGAUCUCUCAUUAUCCCACCCACCAAACAUCUGCAUGUGAAACGCACUGUCAUCUACCAUCAAUCGUAUGCGUUGAACUAUGCAUGUCUGAACUGCCACGUGGCUCUGCUCCUGUACUCUGGCUCUUCUGCUUCUGGGUGGGCCCCCCACGUUGCUCUGUUGCCCCGCACAUAAGUGUUGAGGCUUUUACUGGUUUCAAUAGUUUUAGUAAUUACAGCACUGAAUGUUGCUUCAGGGACCGUUUUGCCCUGCCAGGAAUAAGUCUAGGGGACACUGCUACCAAGUGGUCUGCAACGUCCGUCACUGGAUUUUCCCCUGCUUCAUGCAGUUGCUGUGUGUGGUUCUGUUAUCUACUGUACGCCAUGUUGUAAGGCGCUAUAGUACAGUCGGCAGUCCGUCUCUCUCCAGACCUCUCUUCCUGAUCAGGUUAUCUGUGCAGGUGGUCUGAGACAGGGGCCCCUCCCCUCCCGACUCUGAUUGGCAGGAAGGAAGCAUCCAGGAAAUAGAGUUGUUCUUGGCGGCCGCUGGCCAUCUGUCGUACGUACUACACCCCAACUAAUGGCUGUCUUACUUAUACACCGGCCCCCGCAGAGCAGAGCCAACCAACAUAUUCAUUACCUCCGAUAUCAACCAGAGGAAGGCAUUCGUCUCCGCCGACAGCCUCUCGACUGGACGUUUGUUUUGAUACUUUGUCAAUCGGGGGGUUGAAUAUUUUGUUCCGGGCGGUCUUUGGUGUCUACUCCAUGCAAGGCCAAACUACAGGUCCUGGCUUUGUUGUUGUCUGUGCGUGUGGCUUGAAUCCAGUCUAUCUGAAUCGCUGACUCGCUGAUCCUAAUGGAAUUCAUGUCAAUGUUUUCACUACAGUGAAAGUAGAUUAAACGGACAAGAAACAAUAUCUCCAGUGAUCCAUUCUCACCAGAAAGUAUCAUGAUAUUUGACAAUAUGAAUCCCGGCAAUUAUAUGGCUCCAUUUUGUCUCAAUCCCCUCUGAAAUAGAUGAGUUCCACCUCCAUUGUCUGCGAGGAGAGCGAAAGCCAACACAUGCUGAAGCGGUUAAGAAUGAUGCUGCAACUCUGACAUUGAUACUAUCUUUUGCAAGAGUGAAAAAAGGGAAGAAAAACACGGAAGGGGGGAAAAGCUCAGAGGUCCCAGAGGACUGAGAGAACCUGCUAGCGUAGCGAGAGGGGAGGGCCGGCCGGAGAGGCUUUUGCCAAACGAUGGUGACCUCUCCAGUUUGGGGUUAGCGGAUGACGAAUGUAGGCAGCCCACAGGGACUCCAUGUGCACGCCCUUGCUCUUAAAUGUUUAUCUUACCUUAUGUCUCUGGGUUAUUGCCAGUGCAUUUAGCCAAGGAAUGAUUUAGGAAUGCACAUGUGAGUAGGGGAAUUCAGGGCUGCUGAAACUGAAAGCAUACUUUUUCCAUCGUCCCCCUCUCACAAAAUGUUUCUGAUAGGAUCUAAUAAAACAGGGAUCAGUGGGUCUGUUGAAUUACUUGUCUUGAGGAUGGGUGAUAGAUUUCAUACUGGGGAGGUUAGACCUUAACGUGGGUGGAUCGCUGAAUACUUACAGUAGAUGUACUGUGUAUAUAGACUGAAUUCUUUAGAUAAAUAAAGAUUAAAUAAUACAAUAAAAAAUAUUUUGUUGACACAGAUAUAAAAAAUGUAAGAACGGUGCCAUCAUACUGCACUGUUGUAUUUCACCGAAAGGGAAGGUGUAGCUAACCUUUUCCAUACAUCUGUAUUUGUAAUGUUCAUGUAUGGGGGAUUCCACUAGUUCCGCUUAGGGUUAAAGAAAAUACUAGACCUUUUGUUUGAGUUAAUGCCCCUAACUUUAAUACAAAAUCCAACUUUAUUAUCACUCAUCAAACCUGUUAUUAAACAGAUUUAAGUUGACAUGUUGUGGAAGCUGUCAGGGUAAUCAAACAACACGGAUCACAGUGGUGUAAUUACAAACUAGGUGUGAAGACGAGAUAUCUCAUGUAGGCUACCUCAUGUGCUCUGGCCACUGCCAAGUUUUACUUCCAUGUUCACCCCCAAGGCCCCAACUGAAUAGCCAACGCCACCUGAACUGACUGCUUGCAUCAUCUUGAUGAGCUCUGGGUUUUAGUGGUCAAACUGGGCACCAGUUUCCAGACUGAUUCCUUGCCAGUGCCCACCGCAGACUGCUACCGCGCCACCAUUUUGUGUAUUUUUUUUCCUCCUAUGUAAUUUUCUUGAUCAAAAGAGAUGCAACGUUAGCGGAAAGAUGUCCCUAGUCUUAACUGACGAUUCAAUCUUCAUGAGAUUGAUUUCAUUAAAAGAGCUGAAAUGUAAUUAGGCAUCCUUAAUAUUAAGCGUGGUAUCCUGUAUGGUUUUAUUAACUUAAUCUAUUAAAGUUUACACCUUCAAAGGGGAAGAAGUGAAUUAUUAUUGACCUAUGUCUAUGUGACAUCUCAAUGUUAUCAAACAAUGAAAGACAAAGUACUUCAAAUUGCACGUUUCAUAUCACUUUUAAAAAGGGGCAGUGUUCUUUUAUGGGGAAGCGAUACUCGACACUGUACAACUCUAGAAAUAAAGCACUGGCCCUAACCCAACUAGAUGCCUUGAUGCCUUUGGCAGCCUGACAGUUUCUUCAGGCUGAUUGAAAAGCCUCGUCCGAUUUGCAGAGCGCCCUUGGGGCCUUGAUGUGGCCGUAGGUCCUGAUUGGCAUGUUGGUGGCGGUGAGGUCACGGACGGGGCUGUCGUUGAAGACUGGUGGAAAGUGUAGGAGUGGUGUGACAGGGUGAUGCCACCCCCAAGGAACCUGUGGCUUUACCCCAGCACGAACAUGCACUUUGUUGUGGACCACGGAGAGCCAAUGGCACAUCAUCUGUGUGUCCCUGUGUGUGACUGUGCUAUGGCCAGGAGCCUGAGUCAGCAAAGCCACGUAUUGGCUCCGUCUCUUCAAGAAGAACUGUGUGCGCGUGCAUUUCUGGGGAGAGGGGCGCAUAGGACCAAAUUAGAGACCUCCCAUGAGCGUGCAGUAAAGGUCUGUAAACACAGCCUAUCAAUUACCACAGCCAAAGUAGUCCUGAAGACUUAAGCUGUCUUAUUCUACCCCUUUAAUGUUCUCCUCACUCAAAAGCCAUAUAGGAAACCAGCAUGUGUUUGAUGGUUAAGAGGACAGUCAUUUUCAAGGAGACUUUGGGGGGGUGGAAAUAAGCCACCAGACCCAUUGUCUAGCCCGUGGCAUGUGCACUCUACAAUAAAAAAUAGUUAUCCAGGCGAGUCGGGGUAAUUUAGACUGGUGUGUAGACUGGAUUAAAGAGUUCCGUUAAGUCAAAUAUUUUUAAAGAAAUGUCAUAUUACCGAGAAGUAAUAUCUUGAAGUUUAUUAGGUCUGUUAAAGUUGUUUUGAAGGGGUCAAAAGUCUUUAGUUUUAUUCACAUGAAAACAUUCUGUCAAACGAACAAUAUGAAUUCCCACAUUUAGAAAGCGAACAGUUGAGUUUCACUAGAAGUAAACAUGUUAUGAUAUUUAAAGUGUGUGUGGCAGCAACAUGUGGGUGUCUGUGUUAGACACUUCAUAACUACCAAAUUUGGCACUGUAUUUCUCAAACCACCGUCACAUGUUAAAGGAAUUACAAAUGUCAGUAGUGCAUUUCAAACCCACGUCACGUAACAAUACUAUUGGGCUCAGUUCACCAUUGUUCCAAGUGCAUCUGGUUCCCCCUAGCAACCACAGAAACACUGCUCCACCGUAGGCGUUGCACUUAAUUGCUCUUAAAGCAGAUAUGAUUUAAGGCAAAUGAAAACCAGAUACGCUGGGCUUAGGGGGCAAGCGGUUUCAUCACUCCAUGUCUAAUGUUCCACACCACACUGUUUCCAUAACAAACUGUGUUUUUUUUAUUGUUAUCAUUACAGAAAUUGAGGCUGUGUUCUUUAGGCUAAAGAGUGCGAUUUUGGAGAGGUUUCCACUAACAGACAGUACAGAUCUCGUUAAAUCCGGCCCAUGCUGCGUGCUUGCCCUCGUCGUAAAAGUGAAUUCACACAGUCCACAUACAUACAUACAUACAUACAUACAUACAUACAUACAUACAUACAUACAUACAUACAUACAUACAUACAUACAUACAUACAUACAUACAUACAUACAUACUGUACAUAUAGUACCAGUCAAAAGUUUGGACAAACCUACUGAUUCCAGGGGUUUUCUUUAUUUGUACUAUUGUCUACAUUGUAUGGAAUCAUGUAGUAACCAAAAAAGUGUUAAACUGAUUCUUCAAAGUAGCCACCCUUUGCCUUGAUGACAGCUUUGCACACUCUUGGCAUUCUCUCAACCAGCUUCAUGAGGAAUGCUUUUCCAACAGUCUUGAAGGAGUUCCCACAUAUGCUGAGCACUUGUUGGCUGCUUUUCCUUCACUCUGCAGUCCAAUUCAUCCAAAACCAUCUCAAUUGGGUUGAGGUCGGGGGAUUGUGGAGGCCAGGUCAUCUGAUGCAGCACUCCAUCACUUUCCUUCUUGGUCAAAUAGCCCUUACACAGCCUGGAGGUAUGUUUUGGGUCAUUGUCCUGUUGAAAAACAAAUGAUAGUCCCACUAAGCGUGAACCAGAUAGGAUGGUGUAUCGCUGCAGAAUGCUGUGGUAGCCAUGCUGGUUAUGUGUGCCUUGAAUUAUAAAUAAAUCACUGACCAUGUCACCAGCAAAGCACCAUCACACCUCCUCCAUGCUUCACGGUGGGAACCACACAUGCGGAGAUCAUCCGUUCACCUACUCUGCGUCUCACAAAGACACGCGGUUGGAACAGAAGAUCUCUAAUUUGGACUCAUCAGACCAAAGGACAGAUUUCCACCGGUCUAAUGUCCAUUGCUCGUGUUUCUUGGCCCAAGCAAGUCUCUUCUUCUUAUUGGUGUCCUUUAGUAGUGGUUUCUUUGCAGCAAUUCGACUAUGAAGGCCUGAUUUCAUGCAGUCUCCUCUGAACAGUUGAUGUUGAGAUGUGUCUGUUACAUGAACUCUGUGAAGCAUUUAUUUGGGCUGCAAUCUGAGGUGCAGUUAACUCUAAUGAACGUAUCCUCUGCAGCAGAGGUAACUCUGGGUCUUCCUUUCCUGUGGCGGUCCUCAUGAAAGCCAGUUUCAUAAUAGCGCUUGAUGGAUUUUACAAACUGCACUUGAAGAAACUUUCAAAAUACUUGAAAUUUCCGGAUUGACUGACCUUCAUGUCUUGAAGUAAUGAUGGACUGUUGUUUCUCUUUGCUUAUUUGAGCUGUUCUUGGUCUUUUACCAAAUAGGGCUAUCUUCUGUAUACCACCCCUAACUUGUCACAACACAACUGAUUGGCUCAAACGCAUUAAGAAGGAAAGAAAUUCCACAGAUUAACUUUUAACAAGGCACACCUGUUAAUUGAAAUGCAUUCCAGGGGACUACCUCAUGAAGCUGGUUGAGAGAAUGCCAAUAGUGUGCAAAGCUGUCAUCAAGGCAAAGGGUGGCUACUUUGAAGAAUCUGAAAUCUCAAAUAUAUUUAGAUUUGUUUAACACUUUUUUGGUUACUACAUGAUUCCAUAUGUGUGUUAUUUCAUAGUUUUGAUGUCUUCACUAUUAUUCUACAAUGUAGAAAAUAGUAAAAAUAAAGAAGAACCCUGGAAUGAGUAGGUGUGUCAACUGUACGUACACACAUACAUAAACAAGUACACAAUCCGUUGUGUGUGAGAAGGAGUGCGGAUGUCAUGCUCACCUCUACUCAAAACUCAGAUUCCUGAACAGAUAAGCAGUCAGAACUUGGCUUGAGCGAAGAAACCAAACUCCAUACAGCUGUGUGCUUCCCAUUGUAAAUGUAUGUGUGUUUAAGAUGUUUAUUUACGACUCAUACUGCCAAGCAUAGCACCAGAGGAACUUAACGUCUCCUUACAAACACACAAUCUUUGGUCUGAGGGAACUAAAAUAAGGAAACUUAUCCUUGAGCUGGUUCUGCUGGUUUUAACAAGAGUUGUCUCUACUUAUUGUCUUUCUUCUGUUUGUUUUAUAAUGGGUGGAGCCAACUCCCACAAGACGAAUCACUGUUUAUUUUGAUUGGCUCUUGGAGUAAUAUUAAAACGUUAAUGAAUUGUGUGUGUUUUGAGGUCAAGAUGGAAGGGUAGGGAAAGGACUUCUCUGUAAGCAUUCGCUUAGCUUUUAUGGCCAAACCAAUGUUUAUAGAUCAGUCAAUAUUCAUGUAUGACUGUCAGCGAAAUGUAUGUUGUUACUGAUGAGAUCACUAAUUAUUAUUUUAAUUUUAUUUUUUUCUCCAGAUUACCAGCUCCGAACCCAAUAGAAGCUGCAGCAGGGGAAGGAAGGACCCAUAUUUCCAGGAUGUAUAAUUACCUAUAGUCCUAUGUCAUGGGCCGUUGUUGUCAAAUGUCUUAAUAUUUGUUUUCAUUUCCAUCUUUAAAGUUUGGUUCAAGUUUAGUGCCAUAAUAUGAAAAUGAUACUCCUCUGAAAAUUCCGAAUUUAGGCUUUUAUUUGUUUACAGUUGUACUCCUCCAAAAGCAGUGAAAUGUAUAAUAUGUCUAGAGUUACGCAAAGGUAGGUCAGUUGCAAAUAAUGAAUACAAUUAUUGAUACUUUACUUCCUUGUGGUCUAGCGUUCGAAGCUGCUGCCUCCAGAUCACAUAUACCGCUGCAGCAUGGGUUUGGAUCUGUACCACUGCUAUGUCCUCUCUCCUUCCUCUCUAUAUCUUUCCUGUCCAAUAAAAACAGAAAAUAUGUGAGUGGGACUGCCACACUCCUUUAAAAAAAAAAAUAUAUAUAUACUUUCCCCCUUUUCCAUCUAAAUUACCUGCUUGAAAUGUUAUUUCAUAGGUCAAUUUCAGGUGUUACAAGUUGAGUGUGACCAACGAAACAGUACAGUGUUAUAAGAAGCUAAUGUGAAUUGACAAACUGCGUUCUUCAUUUCUCUGUUCCAUUUACUUGGUGAUAGCCUGACUCAAAGCUGAAAAAGCUCUUUAAUCUAUUUUGUCUGGUCAGGCUUCAUCAGACAUCAGUCUGUGUGGCUGUUAUGAUGAGAUAAGGUGCAUUGGUACAUUCAUGCAGAUCAAAGUGAGCACUUAAAAUAGACAAUGUAAUAAAAUAUGUGCCACAUUAGUUUUUAUGUUUGUGUCAUGACUCCAAAAGUACAGUUCCUUUAGGCCACCAUUAC